GUUAGCGCCUUUUACCCCCGGACGGGGACGGAUUCUGCCUGAUAAUGGUCCCUAACCUAUGAAGUUAGUGAGUAGCACCAGCCUACUUAGGGAGCCUAUACGCCCUAAGUUAGGGGUGCUGAAUCAGCAAAGUGCACGGGGGAAACGGCUAUUCCCCUCCUCCCCGCCCUCGUGCUUCCUCCCAGCCUCAGAGUUCCUUCGCUUUGAAUCGCGACAUCUGAUUAUUAUUUUGUGUAGGUUGCAGAUCACAGCCCACCUCCGCAACUUGUUUUCAUGGUGCUCUUGUCUGGCCAGGUUGUCUCUGAUGUUUCGAGGCAUCCUCCUGCACCCUCUGCCAGUCAAGCACGGCCUAAGAAGCGAGCGAGAGAGAAUGGUCCAAAGAGAGCACCCUACGUGGCUGCCGCCUGCGACUUUUGCCACGGUAGGAAGUUGAAGUGCUCUGGUGACCGUCCCUGCUCUCGUUGUCAAAAGCAUCAUGUCUCCUGCAGUUACCCCGUCGAGGACAUGCCUGAUCGCCAUCAGCCUGCCUCGGAGACAACGCUUGUCAGUUUAGACGUUCAAUCCGAUUCGAGCACGCUUUUUGCUACAAUUGAUGAUCUUCAAUGGCAAUUGAAAGACCUAAAAUCAAAGCUGAGCCAUACCUCAAUACCACAACCAGCAGCAGUUCCCGCAUCGACCAAUACUGUGCCCUCUGACGUUGUACGAAAUAGAACCAGGGACAAGCAAGGCUCGACACCACAGUCACAGUCGAGGGCUUUAGACGUCUAUGGCGAUGCGAGGAGCUUCGCCUAUAGCAUGAACACUGCCGACGCCCGCCUGUCGAGCAUUGGCGAACCAACUGUCUCUGUUGAUACGCCUGGCGACCUUAUCAAAGCCGACGAGAGCGAGAACCUCUUGUCGAGUCCUCUAGACCCUCAGAUACCCGUCGCCAACCAAGGACAUAAUGCGAAAGACCUAGAGACGUUUAGUGUCGACACUGUCACCCAGUUGUUGGACACGUUUCAGUCGAUCUUUGGGGUUCUCCACCCCCUUGCACAAAUGGAGAGCCUGAAACUGAACGCUUCGAUCCUCCUCCGUGCCCUUAAAAGAUCUUUGUGGACUCAGCCAACCCGACCUGGAGAAUGUGGACUUCUAGAAAUAUUGAAAAUCACUUUGGCAAUAAGCCUGAUAGCACAAUCCGGUGGGCAGACCGAUCUUGCCCGAGCCCUUUACAAAAGUGUCGAACCCGUCGCAUCUGGUGCUGCCUUCUGCACGACGAUCAGCUAUGAUUUCCGAACAUUUCUGCUGCUGCUGGCCAUCUAUCAAUUCGAAAACGGUGAUCUCGUCCUUGGGUGUCGGACGAUCAUGUUUGCGGCUCGGACAGCGGUGGAACAAGGUCUCUACCGCAGGGAGAAACUGGUCAACAGCAUACCAAACCAGCAACAAAGGGAAUCAACGAUCCGCCUUCUCUGGAGCCUGUUUGUCCUCGACAGACAAUUCAACUUCGCUGCUGGCUUGCCACAACAUUUGAGUGACAGUGACGUUGAUCUGCCUUUGCCCAUUGACGCUCCGUACCUCACCGCCAUGUCCCACUAUGUUAUUCUUGGAGCUCAUGCUUGGAAUACCAUAGUGAACAGAGAUACCCUUGCCUUAGGAAAGGGGCCGUCGGGACAGGCCGUGACUUACUUCCGUUACCAGCUUGAUCAAUGGCAUCGGGAUAUGGACCACUCAGUUCGCUUCGAUGCCGCAUUGAUAGAAUCAGACGACGCAUUCUUCGUGAGUUCUGACAACGAAGCUAGCCUGUACAUCAAGGCACUCUUGUAUCUGAGAUGCAAUCAGAUUCAAAUUUUGAUCUUACGACCUAUUUUGAUCUAUCAUCAAGCAGCCCAAAAUAGCCCCGAGCUGAUUGUGGAAGCUGUUGAUAUAGCCAAGAGGUCGAUCCGGGUGCUUCAGAGGAUGUCGGAGAAUGUGGACCUCUACAACACAAGACAGGUGAUCUUGCACCACUUCUUGUCUUCUGCGCUGGCCUUGCUCUUUUUGGCGGUUGCCUACGAUGCAGAAAAUCAGAAAGUCAAAAAUCCAGGUCCCGUUCUGAUGACGGAUAGCUCGGAGAUGCAGAUGGGUCUCGACCUUAUUGACCAACAUCGAGCAUCCUCCGAGUCUGCCGAUCGACUAUGGAGCUGCUUCGCCCCUCCCAGGCAGCACUUGAUCCGCCUUGGCAUUCUGCAGGACAGACAUCGUCAGUCAGAGGGGAUGCGGUCAUCGAGCGCCACGGCUACAGACGUCAGUGGCCAUCAAGACGUCUCAGACGAUCUUGCUGAUUUUGAUCCGCAAUUUGACUAUGGUCAACUGGACAUGGAACCGAUCAACAGUCUUCAGUGGUUGGACUGGGGCGACACUGUCUUCACAGAAUCUUCCGACUCUUUUGGGAUGCCUUCCUGGAUGUGAAGGUUUUUCGCCGUGCAAAGCGGUGAGAGGAGUGACGAGAUGGCCGCAAAGAUCUUCGCGAUACAUUUACUGAACCGCUUUCUGUCUGAGCUCUUCGACACGGCCCAUGCAGACUUGUUAGCGCCGGAGAGACACCGCGCUGAAAAGCUUAGCAACUCUUCAAGC